AAGUCAAAAAGAGUUUUUCAAGUGGAUGAGACAACACGAUUGCUAUCGUCUAAUCUAGAACCUUUGGUAGAAGAUAAAUAUUAUCUUGUAUAUUGGAUAUUUUUUAUCUAUGGUAUUGCUAUGCUGUUGCCAUGGAACGUCUUUAUCACCGCCUCUGAAUAUUUUGCAAAGAGGUUUGCAAACACACCUUAUGAAGAAACAUUUCAAAGCUAUUUUUCAACUUAUUUCACAAUUACCAAUCUCAUCACAUUUAUGCUCAUUUUAUGGAUGCAAAACAAGCAAUCACUGUUGAGACAGAAAUCAGCGGCAUUGGUUAUUUCUGGUCUAUUAUGUUGCUGAUGGUCUUAACAGGUGCAACCACUAGUUUCUUUCAAAAUUCUGUAUUUAGUGAAGCGAGCCAAUUGCCGCCCAUGUAUAUGCAAGCCGUACUUAGUGGACAAGGUAUUGCAGGUGUUGUUGUAGCCGUUUCAGCUAUUAUGAGUGCCUUUGCUGGAAGCGCAACAGACGAGUCAUCAGAAGAUAUUAGCCGUUCUGCUUUUCUUUACUUUUUGUCGGCAUUUAUCAUCACAUUAGCUGCUCUCAUGGGUCGCUUAGUUGUUGUUCGCCUUUCAUUUUAUCGCCAUCAAAUGAGUCAUGUUCAGGCUGAAAUGGCUGUUAAUGAAGAAACAGCAUUUGAGCCUUCUUCACAAGAGCCUGUGUCUCUUAUCUCGACACUCUGUAAAAUCAGAGGAUUUGUCUUUACUGUGGGUUAUAUUUUCAUUAUCACACUGAUGCUUUUCCCUACCAUCACUUCUCUGAUCAAAUCUUUACGCCGUCAUGACCCCAACCGUACUCGUUUCUUUGAUGACGAUGUGUUUGUUGCCUUUCACUUUUUAUUGUUUAAUGUGGGUGACUGGGUGGGCCGAUUGAUGCCACUUUCCAAGUACUUUGUGAUCGUCAAUGUCAAUCAACUUGCAUUUUUAUCCGUGUUACGUACUGCUUUUAUUCCUCUGUUCUUAAUCUGUAACGUGAUCGUGUCUGAUCAACGUUACUUGCCUGUUCUUAUUCAAAGCGAUAUUGUCUACAUGGUCUUGGUAUGGAUAUUUGCUGUUACGAAUGGCUGGAUUUGUAGUCUAGCCAUGAUGGCUGCUCCUCAACUAGACUCCAUCAAGACCUCAAAGGAAAAGUCUGCAGUGGGGAGUAUCCUCAGCUUUUCAUUGGUGCUUGGUUUGGCUAUUGGUGGAUGCCUCAGUUUUCUUGCUCGGUGGAUGGUUUGAUAUCAAACAAAU